AUGGGAGAAGUCCCUUUGAGCGGUGCCAGCAUCGCAGUGGUGGCUACGAACGAGAAUUGUGCCUUGAUCUCAACGGACAUUACCCCCAUUCUGCCGUCUGAAAGUUGUCGGAUUGCUACAAAUAAUGGAGUCGCAAGUCCAACACAGCCUGUCUCCGAGGCAAGUCCUCUAAGUAUUAAAGAUGAGAGAAUGAUGAUCAGUUCGUUGAUUACAUGUGAUUCCCAGGACGCUUCUCUUCCGUGCGGCAGCUACGUCAAGAGCUUAGCGCCAACUUGGAUUGACCAACUUGGACAAGUGUCAGCACAAUGGUUUGACUAUCCAUCAUUUGGUCACUCAGCUGUAGGGGUCAAAGGCAUUUACGGAUGCACGGCAGUGAUCAUUGCAUCUGAAAAGGGUGUGUACAUCUCACACAUCUGGGAGAGCCCCGUGUUCGUUGACCAAGCAUUCAAUCCAACUGACGACAACUUCUUCACGAUUACUGCAUUCAACUCCCUCCGAGAUGGAACCAUUUUUGCAAAAAGUGUAGCUAGUCUGAUUGGGACUGACCAGAGUCCCGGUGUCUUGAAUGCCAUCUACGCACCCAAAGUCUUCGUUUUAACUCCAUUCACUACAGAUUGGGAUCGACGUAACUUUGGAAUUUUCACCAUGCUCAGAUAUCAAAUGCGUGCCCAAGAGCUCGCGCAAAAAAUAGCCAACAUUGUUCCCGGUUCUGGUGGAAAAGGCAUCAUCCUGGGCUACACACGUACGAGUCAGCAGGCAUCGAAUCAGGAACCAGGCAUUGCAGGAAGAGCUAUUUUCGAGAUUGAUCCUUAUUACAAAUGGCUCACUACACCCUACGACUCGAAAUCUGCAGGAUUGCAGAUUGGUCGCUGGAAUCUGUGGGUAGAGAGUAAGUUGAUCACUUACCAAGACUUCUGGCUUCCUCAGAUUACAGCUCCGAUGGCACUUCCUGACGAGAUAUUGGGUACUGAGGCUUGGUAA